AGCUGGUUCUCCAGACCUGCAGCCAUUGCUGAGGGCACAGGCGUGCUGCCGUGGGAUACUACGAGCUGUCAAUGAGGUCGUCAGGGAGACGGAGCACCGGCGACUGCUCAGCCGUUAUCAGCGCAGGCUAGACUUGUCCCCUCUGGAGGGGCAGGCCAGUCCUGUCGCUGCUCAGUUCAAGAAUCUGGACCUGACCACUAAGAAACUGAUCCACGAAGGACCGUUGACUUGGAAAGUUAGUAAAGAUAAAGCUAUAGACAUUCAUGCUCUGCUUCUCUCAGACAUGUUGGUGCUACUCCAAAGGGGUUCAGGUGACCGUUUGAUCUUGCGAUGUCCAGCGCGCUCACUGGGUGGGGUUUGGGGUAGGAACACGGACCUCAAAACCCCCUUUUGCCCCGUUGUUCGCUUGGAUUCAUCUCUUGUCAGAUCUGUGGCUACAGAUAACAAGGCCUUGUAUGUGAUCAGUACAUCAGAGAGACAGAUAUACGAGCUGGUGGCUGGGACUUCCUCUGAGAAAAACACAUGGAAGAACCUGUUAGAAAAGACCAUCUCCUCGGCCUCUGGAGGCAGUGAAGCCACCAAGCAAGGAUCAACAGCUAUCCCAACUGACCAAUCAGAAGCCUACAUGCAUACUGGUGGGCAGGGUUAUGUGGGAGGACGAGCUAAAAUGGCUGAUGCUGCUCUUCAAGAUGAAUUUUAG